CAUUUAAAGAUGGAAAUUUAAAUUACUUGGGGAAGGGGUAAUCUACAGGCAGGCAUUAAAUGCUAAAAUUAUAGUACUACUAUCAUUCGGCUGCAGCAGCUGGGGAGGAAUGAACAAGAACAAGCUGUUCCUCUUGAAACCUGCCGCACUGGCAGUACUGAACUCUACUAGAUUUCGGCUAAAUCCUACUAAUCAAAAACCCUUUCUUUUCCACUCCACCCCGGCGCUCUCAAGCAGAAGAAGGCCAUACUAUUAUUCUUCGGAAGGAGUUUAUAGGGCGCCUAAAAGGAGAUACAAAAACUUCGUCAGAGGCUUCAGUAAUCCUUUGUGGAAGCGAAUUCUGCUGCGAGAUCCCAGUGCACCUUCAAAUGGCCCAGUUCAGAAUGAUUAUUAUUACUACACCCCAUAUUCAAGCCAAAGCAGCUCAUGGUUUGGACAGGAUUAUCAAGCUACGAGAUCCAAUGCUUUUGGAGGAAGCAAUUCUAAUGACCAUUGGAGCUCCUGGAACUGGAGAAAUCACAAUCAAGGUAAAGACGACCCCCCAAAAGAGUCUGAUAAUUCAACACCUGAAAUGACCUCAGAAAGACUGGCCCUGGGUUUGAGUGCUUCUGGUCCUCUAACUCUGGAAGAAGUUAAAAAUGCAUACCAUGCAUGUGCAAUGAAAUGGCAUCCGGAUCAUAACCAGGGCUUGUUUAAGACGGUUGCGGAGGAAAAGUUCAAGUCCUGCAAAGCUGCAUAUGAAUCUUUGUGCGACUAUGUCAGCUCCAAAUGAAUGAGUUUGCCAAGAGUUUAUAAGACAGAUAUCAAGAGAACAACCAAUCUGUUUGCCUAAUGGUAUCAUGCACCAAGGCUUUUUGGAGUAGAUUUCGUACAAUAUGUUGUUGGAAGUUACAU